AUGGCGGCUUGGGGGCCGUCGGAAAAACCUCCUGAUGGAGGUCCGCAGCUUUCCUACGCGUCGGUGGUUUUAGAGGCGUCAAAUGGGAGAGAACCAGCAGCGUUGGGGGAGGUCUCCUCCUUCAGAGGAGAGCCUACACUCCGGCUGUCGAGACAGGAGAUUGAGCAGUUGUCGGCGCCGUUUAAGAACGCGUUGGUGGGGAGAUUUUCAUACACCAGACCCGCCAUGGAUGUCAUCAGGAAAUUCCUCACGUCGCUCGGUCUCAAAGGGGACUGCGCUGCGGGCCUUUUGGAUUCGAGGCACGUACUGAUUCGACCAGCGCUGGAAGAAGACUACGUCUAUUUGUUCGCUCGCCGGAUUUGGUAUGUCUGUAGUUCUCCCAUGGCAAUCUCCAAGUGGUCUAUGGAUUUCAAAGCGAAUCAGGAACUGGCGGUGGCUCCGGUGUGGGUCGCCUUCCCAGACUUGCCGCUGCCCUUUUUCCAGAAAAAUCAGCUGAUGCGGCUAGCUGCAACUCUAGGUCGACCACUCAGGGUUGAUGCCGCAACCUGCGAUCUCCGGCGCCCCUCGGUGGCGCGGGUACUGGUGGAAAUUAACAUUACGGCACCGCCGGUGAAACGGGUAAGAAUUGGAGAUGAGGAGUUUGGUUUCUGGCAACUAGUGGAGAUGGAGAACUUGCCGGAGUACUGCUCUUACUGCACCAUAUUCGGCCACGCGACCGAGCAAUGCUUUCGGAAACAUCCAGCCCUGCGUCCAGCACAAAGGCCGCCGCAAGCACGUCUGCUUGUCCAACCGCAGCAAAAUCCUGCGCUCCAAAGCCCAUGGGCACGGGGGGCAUUAGCGUUACACCAUCGAAGGAUGGAGUCGGUAGUGCUGACGGGAAAGAUGGAGGUGAGACCAGUGGGAUGCUGGGGGGCGCUGACGUGA